CAGAAACGCCCACUUUGUACAUAAGAGAUAGAUGCUAUCAAUACCAUGUAGCCUAAUCACAUUCAUUAUAGCUCUGGUCUUUAAACUCGUUAUAGUCUGACAAGCCUACAGUAGGAGCACUUUUUAAAAGAUCAUCAACACGGGAGGAGGACGAUGCCUAACUUGCCUAACUAUUCGGAGGCAAUGAAGGACUUUGUGGAAAGUCAUGUCAUUGGUCUCAUUGUUGUCUUUUCUGCAGGGGCAGGCCUAGUGGCCUUCCGCAGGUGGAUGGGUGGGAGAGUGUGUCAAAGCAAGGCCAGGCUGGAUGGAAAAACAGUCCUAAUCACAGGCGCGAACACAGGCAUUGGGCAAGAGACAGCCCUGGACAUGGCUAAACGAGGGGCCAGAGUGAUCCUGGCUUGUAGAGAUGUCACCAAAGCCCUCAUUGCUGCUGAUAUGAUUCGCCAGCGUAGCGGAAACGGAAAUGUGGUGGUCAAGAAGUUAGACUUGGCUUCUCUGCAGUCAGUGAGAGAACUGGCCAAGGAUGUAGAGAAGAAUGAACCACGCUUAGACAUCCUCAUCAACAAUGCAGGUAUCAUGAUGUGUCCCAAGUGGAAAACAGAAGAUGGUUUUGAGAUGCAGUUUGGUGUAAACCACUUAGGACACUUUCUUCUGACUAAUUGUCUCCUUGAUGUAUUGAAGAAGUCGGCUCCAAGUCGCAUUGUCAUAGUGUCUAGCCUGGCACAUGAGAAAGGAAAGAUACAUUUUGAUGAUAUUAACCUGGAUAAUAACUACAAACGUGAGAUCAGUUACCGUCAAAGUAAAUUGGCUAAUGUACUUUUUGGCAAAGAACUUGCUGCACGAUUGCAAGGAUCUGGUGUGACAGUGUACAGUCUGCAUCCUGGGGUCAUUCGCACUGAGUUGGGUCGCCACCUGUUUCCCACACUGGCUCUAUGGAAGAGGAUCAUAGCCAUGCCAUUGAUGAUGCUCAUCAAAACGCCCUGGGAAGGGGCGCAGACCACCAUCUACUGUGCUGUAGAGGAGAGCCUAGCCAAUGAGAGUGGCUUCUACUACAGUGACUGUGCCCGCAAGACAGCUGCACCUCAAGCUCAAGAUGAUGCUGCAGCAAAGAGGCUCUGGGACCUCAGUGCUUCAAUGGUUGGUCUUGGUUAAACCUCUGCAAACCUCUUCUUAUAUCACUGGUGUAAAAACUUUGAUUUAACCAUAUAAUAUUAUUAUAAUGCAGUUAUAACCCACGUUAAUCUCUGAGUUACAUUUUAUCAAGUGUGCUGUGGUUGAUUAUGCCUCAUAUUUGAUUAUUUUUCAGCACAUUUUAAUCAUUAUUUAAAUUUUAUUUUAUUUUUUUACAUAUAGUUACAUGAAUUACAGUAUGGCAUGCCGAAUUGGCAAGAUUGUACUUUGCACUUAAAAAAAAAAGACAUAAAUACUUGAAUUAUAACAGAUGAGUUCAUUAAAAUUAAAUGUGCUUGGUUUUACUGACCAGGAUAAGAGUUGGUAAACCAGUAAGGCUAUUGUAGAGCCUGUUUCCGCAAUGAAGUUUGUACCACAUUAAAACAUUAUUUAGCUAUGCAAGCUUUUAAAAUAUAUACAUAAUUCACUUUGAAAAGAUGAACCAAAUGUAUAAGCAAUAAAUAUUUUUGUACACCGUU